AUGGAGGGUGCACUCACUUUGAUGGUAGUUGUGAUAGUGGCACAGUGCGGAGCCAUACCUGUCGAAUCAUCCAGCCAAGAAGAGCUUUCUAAAGCCCAGGAGUACCUUUCUCGGUACUUCUCUGAAGUUGGCGUCAGUGCCCCCAACAGUGUCUGGCGAAGCUCUCUGGAUUCCUUUGAUGACACUCUGAGAAAGAUGCAGGAGUAUUUUGGGCUGGAGGUGACAGGACAUCUCGACCCAAACACCAAAGAGGUGAUGGCUCGACCACGCUGUGGUUUCACAGACGUGCUCAGAUACGGCCACUUUGAGGGUCGACCCAGGUGGCAUAAGCCUUUGAUCACAUACAGGAUCACUGAAUACUCUCGUGAUUUGAGUCAAAGCGAUGUGGAUGCCACCAUAGCCAAGGCUUUUAAAGUCUACAGCGAUGUUGUUCCUCUGGAUUUCAAACCAAUCGACAGUGGCACUGCUGACAUCAUGAUCAAGUUCAAGGGUCGAGACCAUGGAGAUUUUUCUCCAUUUGAUGGGCAAGGUGGAGUCUUGGCUCAUGCAUUCUCCCCUGGAGAAGGUAAUGGAGGUGACGCCCACUUUGAUGAAGACGAACCCUGGAGUCUAACCUCAUCAGGAUCAAACCUGCUCUUGGUGGCAGCACAUGAGUUUGGACAUGCACUGGGAUUAUCCCACUCCAAGGACCAGACCGCCCUGAUGUUUCCUACUUACAUAUAUGUGAACACUGAAGAUUACAGGCUGCCGAAUGAUGACAGACAAGGAGUCCAGGCUCUCUAUGGUGUCAGAGAGUCAUCACCUCAACCUGACCCCAAACCACAGCCCACCCAAAAACCUGUGCCAAAACCACAACCAAAACCUGAACCUGAACCAGAUCCUGAACCCACGUCAGAGCCUCCUCCAGACAGGUGCAGCAGGUACCUGAUCUUUGACGCUGCAACCACCAUCAAUGGAACCCUUUACUUCUUCAAAGAUGGACAUUUCUGGAGCAGAGGCAGCUCCUGGGACGGCAUUGGUUUGCAGAGAAUUGACUCCAUCUGGCCUGGAAUAAAAAAAGUUGAUGCUGCUUUUGAGUCCAAGAGGAGCAACAUUGUCAUUUUCUUUGAAGGUGAUCAUUACUGGGGAAUCAGAGGAAACACUGUCCUCCCUGGUUAUCCCAAACCUCUCAGCGACUUUGGCUUCCCUCAAUCCGUCAACAAGGUGGACGCUGCAGUCUUUGUGCCGUUCAUCAGCAGAACUCUCCUCUUUGUGAGGGGCAAAUACUGGAGCUACAAUGAAAGGAGGGGCAGAAUGGAUGGUGGGUACCCAAAAUCAAUCCACAAAGAGUUCAGUGGGAUUGGUCUCAGAGUGGAUGCUGCUUUUAUGAACAAAGGUUACAUUUACUUUUCAUCUGGAUUCAGACAGACCGAGUACCACUACAGCCGCAGACGAGUGAUUCGCACUCUGUUAAACAGUGGAUGGAUGGAUUGCAACUCAAGAUACUGAGACAAAAUACACUGACAAGCAAAC